UGAAUACUCACAAAAUAUACAAUUGAUUUAUCUUCAAAUCGAUCGAGCUAGGAUUCGGAAUCUAAAGAAAUUAUUGACAUUUUUUUCACUUUGACAGUUGACAGAUAGAAGGGGGGGCUUGUGUGCCGAAUUUCAAUGCAAAUUAUUUAUUUUUUGCGCGAUUUUUAUCGAUAUUAUUUUACGGCGAAUAAAAUAAUAUUUGUGUGCAAUGUAAAAUAGUGUUUAUGUUAUUUACUUUAUGUGUAUUGUUGUGGUGCUCAUAGCGGCAUAUAACCCGUUUUCGUCAAGUUGAAAUUUUGUUUGUGUACUUUAAUUUCGGUGUAUUUAACCUUUUAAAAUGGUUACUUAUUGUAAAAAAUCAUCUGCGGAAUGGUUUAUAGAUCAGCUUAACGUGAAGAACGCUAAACUUGUGGCGUUUUUUCUUGUGCUAGGGUUUAUUGGAUACCAUGGAAUCUUGCAUCUCAGAUAUGGUCCAGACUCAUGCACAUGGCUUCUGUCGUCCGGCCGCUAUAAAGGCGACCAUGAGUGGCAGCCAUAUGGGUGCAUGCUGCACAGAUAUUCUAAGACAGACGCAAGGAGGUGUCUCAGGUACUUGGCGUUUUGGGGAAAGUACAACAGCUUUGCAUUCAUCGGUGACGCUAGAUUGGAGCAACUGUAUGAAUACUUUAUAGGUGUACUCAAAACACGACUGGACUUAGACACGUCAUAUUCGACAGUGGACCACCACAUGCCAAAUUAUACUUAUGUAGACCACAAACUGAAGCUAUCCGUCACAUUUAUAUGGAGUGACGAUGUCUCCAAAACCAUGGUAGACCAGUUUAGGAAUUGGCAGCUCUCAGACAAACCCCCUUCAGUAAUUGUAGCCGGCACCGGACUCCAGCCACUCAAGAACCGAAACACGACCGACCUAGUCCUCGAAGAGUACAAAAGGAACCUUACGCACUUGGUGCAAGCCAUAGAUUCGCUUGUCGCGCGCAAGACCCAAGUGCUAUGGAAGCUGAUGGAAGGGGUUGACACUGGGAAACUGAAGAAUGAUAAUAAGAGGAUCAAUAAUAAUGAUAUUGAUUCGUACAAUAGAGCAGCUGUUGAGAUCCUAACCCACAGUUCAGCGAAGAUAUGGAGUUCUACUCGCCUGGUAGCAAGCGGCGCAGCCUCCGACGACGGAGCAUCGCUCAGCAACACAGCCUUACGGCACUCCGCGCAACUGUUGCUCAAUAUGUUCUGCAACGAUCAUAUGAACUUUAACGAUGGAUCGUGUUGCGCGUCACCAGAACCGCAUACACCGUUGCAAUUGCUGACGAUAGCACUGUUUGCGCUCUGCGCAGUCGUGUCCAUCGCAAGAAAGGUGUGGCGCUGGACCCAAAGUCUGCCUCAACGGCUCGGCGGCUACACGCUAGUGACGUCACCUCCACCUGCAGCGUCAUCACCUAUAGCCGCGUUAGCCAAACUGGGAAUGAUCAUGGCGUACUUCUACUUAUGUGACCGAACAAAUUUCUUCAUGAAGGAGAACAAAUAUUAUUCCGAGUGGAGUUUCUGGCUGCCUGUAGGGUAUGUGUUCGCGUUGGGCCUGUUUUUUACGGACGACUCGAGGUCUAGCAAAGUCCUCCACCGCGAGCAAACAGACGAAUGGAAGGGCUGGAUGCAGCUGGUGAUCCUGGUGUACCAGGUCACAGGUGCCAGCAAGGUGCUGCCCAUCUACAUGCUGGUGCGAGCGCUGGUCUCCGCCUACCUGUUCCUCACGGGUGAGUGCUGGUGGAGGCUGCGGCUGGUGCUCCUGGAGACCAGGUCCCGGGCCCAGCAAGCUGCUGCCAUCUACAUGCUGGUGCGAGCGCUGGUCGCCGCCUACCUGUUCCUCACGGGCUACGGCCACUUCUACUACACGUGGAAGACGGGUGACACGAGCGCGGUGCGCUACUUCCGCGUGAUCUUCCGCCUGAACUUCCUGACGGUGGUGCUGUGUCUGACCAUGAACCGGCCCUACCAGUUCUACAGCUUCAUACCGCUGGUCUCCUUCUGGUAUACGCUGAUGUUCUGUAUGUUCGCUCUCCCGCCGCACUUGACAGCCGCCGCUGCCCACACAACAGAGUCCAAGCCUUAUCAGUACUUGUACAGCGCGCUGAAGACAGUGGGCCUGUUCAGCAUCGUCACCGUGCUGUACAUGAGCGAGGUGUUCUUCCAGAAGGUCUUCGUCACCAGGCCGUGGAAGGCGCUGUUUGUGAACUCCGACGACGACAUACACCAGUGGUGGCUGAGAUGGAAGCAGGAUCGGUACUCAAUGAUCUUCGGCAUAAUAUUCGCGAUGGCGUACCUUCUGGCGCAGCGCUACAAUCUUUUAGACGAUAACAACCACAGCAACCUGUUCACCCCAGGGAUCUCCCUCAGCGCCACGCUACUUGCCUUCAUCGGGCUAGGCAGCUACGUCACAUUCACUUUCUUCUGCACAAACACCUUCGACUGCAACGAGAUCCACAGCUACGUGGCUUUCUUACCCAUCGUCAGCUAUAUCAUCCUCAGAAACGUGUCUGGAGCGCUGAGGAUGAGGCAUUCCAGUAUGUUCGCGUGGUUUGGCACGAUUACAUUGGAGUUAUUCGCGAGCCAAAGCCAUAUUUGGCUGGCGGCUGAUACGCAUGGGGUCUUGGUUUUGGUGCCAGGUGCGCCAGUUUUGAAUUUGAUCAUAACUUCGUAUAUAUUUGUGUGCGCAGCGCACGAAACUAGGGCCUUGACUAUCGCAGUGUUGCCACACGCGGUGCCGGAUGACUGGAAGCUUUUGUUAAGGAAUUUGGCGAUAUUUCUGGCGAUUUUAGUCCCUAUCGGCAUUCAUGAUGGCAUGUUUUAGUUUGAGGAACGUUGAGUAUUUUUUUUUUGAUGAUACGCAUUCAAUAUAAUGAAUGUCAUUUUUGUAGUAAGUUAUAAAACAUCAAAAGUUACUAAAUACCGUAAUAAUAUGACGAUCCAUAACGUGACUAUCUUGUUUAGAGAUUUGUAUUUAAUUUUGUACAUUUUGAUAUCGAAAAAAUCGGACAAAUAUCGAAGAUAUUUCAAAGUCGUUUUGUAAAUUUUAUUACGCAUUCGUCAAAAUCACUGCUUCAGCAUUAAUAUUAAGACACAAUCGUGCAAUCACUUUAAAUUUCACACUUGAUAAACUGCAAUAUCCUACGAGAUAUAACUUUAUUUUCUUUUUAUUCCGGCCUGCAUAAUUUUUCUGAGACUGAAUGGCAAUACUUAGUAAAUCCACCGUCAAUUCGGUCGUAGUAUCUUGCUUAAUAGAUAGGUAUUGUAAAUAAGUAUUUCUUAUAUUGUUUUGGAAAGAGCCCUGCGAUUCCCGCUAGUCAUUAGUUAGGGUAUGAUCACAAAAAUCAUACAAUUAGAAUAGUAUUUUGUAAGCAAUUAAGUACCUAAAAUGUCUAGGUUAGUAGCUGAGCGAUGUGACUUGCAUUAAAAAUGUAUUGUGCUUAAUUUCCAUUAGCCAUAGCAUCACAAGUUUAUGAUUUACAAAAAGGAUUACUAGAGCAAAGUUUUAGUACGCAGUUUACGAAUAAAGUGAGAAUUUUGUAAUACAGAACAAAAAGUUGGAGAAAUGUUUUUUAAUGCAAAAGUAAAAAUUCCGUUUAAAUACAUAAACGUAACUUUUUCAGAAACAAAUAGCGUAUCGUUAGCUUUAGGCAUUUGUACCCAUUGUCAAUGAUUAGGCUGUGUAUAGUAUUUACGUAUAUUUAAUUAUAUUACUUAAUUAAGAAUGACCCAUUUGGUCAAUAUUAUAAUGUGACAGGACAGUCAUGUCGCAGUAAAACAUCAGAAUAUACUUUUUCAAUGAAUGACUUACGGGGCGUACACGGGGCGUUCGAUAUAAACGUGAAAAAGAAACGGUGCGUGUUUGAGUCUGUCAUAAAAAUAUCGCACGUCACAUAAAAGUGAUUAUUUAAGAAAAUACUUGCAAGUAAAGAAAAAGACGUGUGUUAUUGAAUAAAUUAUGCUGUGUGGGUAUUUAAUUUUUGAUGAAUAUUUUUGAUUUUUAAUAAUUAAUGAUACUGCGGACGUAAAGUACAAGUAAAUAAUAAAUGUGUACGUAUUUUUACUAUGUUGGUACUUAUCGCUACGUAUUGCAUAAUAUUUAAAAGGCUUUGAUUUUUAUAUUUCUAAGGUUAUUAUUGAAACACAUUUAAAGAGAUACCAUAAGUAAUAAACGGUUUAAAUGAUAAUAAUGUGUCACUGAAAAUUACUUAUUAUUUUAUUAAUUUUAGGCGUUAUUUACGUACAUAUACAUUUAUUCAGCUGUUUAUUUAUAAUAAUAAAUAUUUUUGCAUUUAUUGCUUGUCCAUUAAGUGAUAUUCUGUCGGACCAUAAAUAUUUUUGAGACUGUUUAGAGAAAUUGAUAAAAACGUGUUAUGUGAUUGCGUUGGAAAUCUGAAAUUAAUACAUUUGUUUUCGGACUUCAAUAUUUUUGCUAAUUUCUACAUUUUAUCUUUGUAUGCGGUGUUGUGAAGAUCCGAUAUUUCAACCAUUUUUCGACAUUUUA